AUGACUUCUAAAUAAGAAUAAUGGUGCUACAAAAAUUUUAAUCAUACUAGAACACUUUUAGUUUAUUCUGAGAUUUCAGAUAUUAAAAUAUUCUAAUUUGUAGAUGGAUUUAUCAAGUUAAUUCAAUUACUAAGGCUUAUAACUAUUUUAUUACAAACUUUGAAGGGAUACAUAACAUGUUAUUUCAAAUUCUGAAGAUUCUUCUAUAAUAGUCUGGUCAAAAAUUGCUUAUAAAAUCCCAAAAUAUCUAAAUACAUUGAAAGAUCACUAAUUAAAUACUAAUUGGUUGGUAAUUAAUCUAAAAUCUUAUAGUUUGAAGAAGACUAUAAAAUUUUGGUAUAAUAAUAAUUUAUAUAUAUAAUUUGUUGAUCAUUAAGAUUAGAAAGCAUGGUUUUGUUACUAGGCCAUUAAUGAACAAAUUACUAUUGUUUAUGGAUUAUCUAUAGAUGUAAAUGGGAACAAAUGCUCUCUUGCAGAAAUUAUAAUUUAAUUUUACUUUUUUGAUAGUCCUCAAAUAACUAAAAAUGGUAAAUAUAACAAAAACUAAAAGUUCUAAAAGAAGGUUUGA